UAUCACUCAUCAUCCUUCUAAACUGGAUGUAACAAAAUUUUCCAAGAAGCCAUACAUCUUGAAUUACAUUAUCACUCAAUCCAUGGAGUAAUACCUGAAGCAAAGAUAAAUGAUUCAUUUUGCUUCUAAAUCCUAACAAAAUCUGGCAAUAAAAUUAUUGAUGCCUUUGGGUCAGGACUUCAUGAGGCCCAUGACCCGAGUCCAGCAAAAUCAUCUUCAUCUUGAGGAGAGGUUUUGGGUGGGUUUAGAGAAGAAAAGGAUGGAGUUCGAAAAGAGAAAAGCUGCGACGUUAGCCUCACUGAGCUCAACGGAAUCAGACAAAUCGCCGAAGGGGUCAUUGGACGCAGCCAUCGUCCCUCUCUUAAACACUCUGAACCAAAACCCUUCUUACUUCACCACCAGCUCCUGCUCCGGCCGAAUCUCCAUCCUCGCCCAACCCCUCUCCCUCUCUGAUUCCCCCAACCCUAAGAAGAAAGCCAGAGGCGGCACGUGGCUCUUCGUUUCUCACGACCCCGCCGAUCCCGACUCGGUCCUCUCCCUCCUCUUCCCCUCCGAGUCAACUCCCUCCCCCUUUGCUCCCUCCGAACUCGUUUUCCGAUUCGAGCCCCUCAUUAUCGCCCUCGAGUGCAGGGACCUCUCCUCCGCUCACUCCCUCGUUUCUCUCGCCAUCUCCUGCGGCUUCCGAGAAAGUGGCAUUACCAAUGCCAAAAAGCGCUUCAUCAUCGCCAUUCGCUGCUCCAUUCGCAUGGAGGUCCCGUUGGGGGACACGCGCAACGUCAUGGUCACGCCCCACUAUGUUCGUUACCUCGUUCAGGUGGCAAAUGACAAAAUGGAAGCUAAUAGGAAAAGAACUCAGAGGUUUUUCCAAGUUUUGCUGUCCAAUGGAUCUGUGCUUGCCGAUAACAGUAACCACUUGUCGGGAACUAAUGAAGUUUGUGAUCAUCUUGAACUAGAGGGUGAAUCUCAGCUAGAAAACGGGAAUGUUGGAACCUCUUCAGGGACUGUGGGUUCUCCUGGUUGUGGUCUGUCAAUUGGCCAUUUCGAAAUUGUUGGUGAACCAGUGGAGAAGCUUUACCGUUGGGGUCACUCCGCUUGUGGAUUGGGUGAUGCUGACCACAAGAAAGUUAUUGUAUUUGGUGGCUUUGGAGGCAUGGGGAGACAUGCAAGGAGAAAUGAUUUGUUGCUGCUUGAUCCAUAUUCUGGUAAUCUUGACAUGGUUAGCACUGUUGGCUGUGCUUCUCCAUCUCCACGUUUGGGCCAUACAGCUUCCUUGGUUGGAAAUCGCAUGUUUGUGAUUGGAGGUCGGACCGGUCCCGAUAAAAUUUUGAGUGAUGUCUGGAUCCUCGAUACAACUAAGAAUUCUUGGAACUUACUGCAAUGUGGUGACAGUGGAUUUCCUCCCAGGCAUCGUCAUGCUGCAGCUGUCAUGGGUUCAAACAUUUAUGUAUUUGGGGGCCUUGAUAAUGAUAUUAUCUUUUCUUCCUUUUAUGUUUUUGACACAAACAAUUUACACUGGAAAGAAAUACCAGUUUCUGGGUACUGGCCAUGUGCACGCCACUCACAUGCUAUGGUGGCAUCUGAUUCUCAGAUUUUCAUGUUUGGUGGAUACAAUGGUGGUAAAGCACUUGGGGAUUUGCACAGCUUUGAUGUUCAGAAGGGUCAAUGGACGAAGGAAAGGACAGCUGGAAGGAAUCCACAUGCUAGGUUCUCCCACUCAAUUUUUCUCUAUAAGAAUUAUCUUGGAGUUCUUGGUGGUUGUCCUGUUAGACAACAUUGUCAAGAGCUGGCUUUACUUGAUUUGAAGCUUCGUUUAUGGAAGCAUGUUACCCUCAAUUCUGUAGGUAAAGAUUUGUUUGUGCGCAGUACAGCCAAUGUCGUGGGUGAUGAUCUUGCUAUAGUUGGUGGGGGUGCAUCAUGCUAUGCAUUUGGAACCAAGUUCAGUGAGCCAGCAAAAGUAAGCUUGCUCCAUUUAAUGCAUUCACAUGAUGAGCCAGUAAAAACCCAAAGAAAGCGUACAAGUAACCAAAAUGAAGGGACUAACAGGAAUAACAUUGAAAAUUCUUGUGGACCUCAACUUGAACAUGCACCAAAUAUAUCUGAAGAUGAAAGUUCACAUUCUGAUGACAACAUACCUUGCUUGAAUGAUCAAAGUCAGAUGAUUGCAUUGCAUUAUGUUUUGCAACUAGAAAAGAAAUAUGCAAAAUUGGGAAAGGAUAUAUUGAAAAAAUUUGGAUGGUUAGACUUGGGGAGGAAAGCAUACUCUGACGAGGGUGGAGUACAUAUCGGUUUUCCUGUCCAUCAAGAAUUUUUUGCUGUGUUUCAUGAAAGGAAUCAUAAUUUGGGAGAUGCAUUUGAUAGACAAAAUGAAGGUCUCUUUUCAAAACCACUUAAACGAGACAAAUUCUUAUUAAAUGAGUUAUCCUGUUCUGAAGCAUUGAUACUUCUCCAUGAAUAUGGUGCGAUUGUGCUGGGAGACAAGGUUGUUGAAGAAAGAAAAGCUGCCAAAUCUCCUUUGAAAGUGAUGACUGAAGCAAUAACGUCUUUGAUUGAGCAUAAGGGCCUACCAGCACGGCUUCUAGAGGAACUGCCAACAAGAUGGGAUCAGCUUGGAGAUAUUGUUUUACUUCCAAGUACUUCUUUUAAGGAUUCUAUGUGGGACUCAAUUGCAGAAGAGCUUUGGUCCAUUGUUGCCAAAUCACUCAAGGCUCACCGUCUAGCUCGCCAAGGCCCAGUUGCUGCAACUGGUACAAGAGAUAGCACAUUGCAGAUUCUUGUUGGAGAUAAUGGCUGGGUCAAUCAUCGAGAAAAUGGAAUUCUCUAUUCUUUUGAUGCUACAAAAUGCAUGUUCUCAUGGGGUAAUCUUUCUGAGAAGAUCCGGAUGGCCAGGCUUGAUUGUAAAGAUGAGGUUGUAGUAGACCUGUUUGCAGGCAUUGGCUACUUUGUGCUGCCUUUCCUUGUCAGAGCCCAGGCAAAGCUUGUAUAUGCUUGUGAGUGGAAUCCCCAUGCUGUAGAAGCACUCCAACAUAAUCUAGAAGCAAAUUCUGUGGCUGACCGUUGUAUCAUACUUGAAGGAGAUAAUCGAAUUACAGCUCCCAAGAGUGUGGCUGAUAGAGUUUGUCUUGGUCUCAUUCCAUCUAGUGAGCUUAGCUGGGUCACAGCUGUAAGGGCUUUAAGGAGAGAGGGUGGAAUAUUACAUGUUCAUGGGAAUACAAGAGACUCAGAGGAGAGUCAAUGGAUUGAUCAUGUAUCAAAAUCAAUAUAUGACAUUGCUAGAUCUGAAGGUUAUACUUGGGAGGUUUCUAUAGAACAUGUUGAGAGGGUAAAAUGGUAUGCUCCACAUAUUCGCCAUGUUGUAGCAGAUGUAAGAUGCAGACAGAUCCAAAUAUAGUGAAUGGUUUGGUAUAUGCCAAAAUGUAAGAAUAAAAACUGGUUAAUGCAUGCAAUCAACGUGAAUGUAAGAAUAUUAAUAUGCCAAAAUUCGAACUGAAUUACUUUCUGUGCCAGUAGCAAAGGUAAAUGCUGAGUCUGGAUUCAGAAGUUCAGAAAAUAUUGUUCAACCAUUGGUCACAGAUGAUUAUUGAAUUUGGUGAUGACACAAUGGCGUCUCAUUCCAAGUGCUGCGUAUUACUAUUUGAUGUAUAUUGUUUGGAACUGAUAAUUUUAUCCUUCCAAAAAUAGUACAAGGAAGGAGGGCUUCAAUUUUUAUUACAUAAAGCUAUCCAGAUGGUUUGUGUUACUUUGGGCUACAAUGAAGCCCAAGGCGAUAGUCGUUUGUUUGGAUUCUAUUAUACUACUUUUUUAUUGCUGUACUGUAAUUAAGUUAUCAGAGGGACUAUAGUGAUUUUCUAAGCCACAGCCCACAGGCAUGGUUUCUAACCCAAAAUGUUGUAUUCACAAUUCUCCUCAGUUUAAUACAGUUUGAAAGUGGUCCUAAAACGUAGUUAAAGGCUGAACAUCAAUCAAUAUUGUAAGUCAGACAUUUGUCUAGUUAGGGUAAUUUCAUUUUGCUCGACAAGCAUGUUUUA